GAACUGAUUGUUGAAAAUUCCAGCCAGAUCGAAUGAAACUUGACGUACGUUAUCUUCUCAUUUGUAUACAAACACGGUUGUACGGGCUCAAGGCAGGAACGAUGCAGCCAACAUCCGCAAAAUCCUCAAAAUAAGCCGGAUUUCGUUCUUGAAAUAUUGCAUCAGCUCCAUGUCGAUGAAUGGACAACUGACAUUAAACAGGACUUUUUAAGGGAGCGCAAAGAAACAGCUAGAUUAGUUCCUAACCCUUCAUUUUCUUGUAAGUCCCAAAGAAAUGUCAGACGCUUCGGAUGAUGAAGAUUUUGCCUUCUAUGGCACUCCAUUGGAUCCAAUCGAGGAAGAUGCUAUACCGAGCAAAAAGCCAACACCAAUUGAAGAUCAGGUAGUCAAGGACAAAUAUGGACGUAGAAGAUUCCAUGGGGCCUUUACAGGGGGAUUCUCUGCAGGAUACUGCAACAGUGUUGGAUCUGAAGAGGGUUGGACACCCUCAUCAUUUAAGUCGUCGCGUGCUGAGAAAGCCUCGCAACAGUUUCAAAAACCUGAAGAUUUUAUGGAUGAAGAAGAUCAAGGUGAAUUUGGAAUAGCACCCAAAGUAUUGCGUGCUACAUCCGACUACAACCAGAGCUCAUCCCGCAAAAGAGCACACUCUAAUUACUCUACUGGACCAAUUCCUGGACAACCAGUCUUAAGAGACAUUUUACUUCCUGUUAAAGAUACAGUUGGUGUGCGCUUGUUGAGGAACAUGGGUUGGCGUCCUGGUCAAGGAGUUGGGCCACGUUUAAACAGAAGGCAAAAGAAAAUCCAACAGAAAGAGAUUAAGCAAGCAUCUAAAAAAGUAUACGGAUGUCAGUUACCUGGGAGCUCCACCCAUAGUGGAGGAAGUGGAGGAGACUCGUCUGAUGAAUCCGAUAGUGAAAUGCAAUCAAUGACCUUUGCUCCUGAUGAUUAUGAUGCAUUUGUUGUCAAAAUCAAAGAUGACGUGUUUGGAAUCGGUUACCAAGGUCUUGAUAAAAGACCUGUUCUCUCUGGGCAUGUGCAGCUGUUUGAACCCUCUUUCCUUGGCAUGCAAGAAAAAAAGAAGAAAGUUGCCAUCUGGGGACAGGCCUUUGGUGUUGGCGCAUUAGAAGAAGAUGAUGCAGAUAUUUACGCCAGGGAUGACAUGGCACAGUAUGACUUUGCCCUUGAUACCAGUUCUGAGAUUGCUCAGAGGAAAAAAGAUGCGCGAGCUACCGAACAUCAAAAACGCCUUGCACUAGGGGCUCCCAGGUUGGCAGGGGCACAUAUUGAAGGGUUUGUCUUAGGCAAAAAACAGCCAAGUUCCCAAAGAAAAUUUUUUAGACCACCGGAUUUGCCACCUGGAUUUAAGGCUGUACAUGAGACAAAACAAUCAAGAUGGGACGUAAACAGCAAAGGGGAAAAUGUAGCAAAGAAACAGGGUCUGGGAAGGCAUGAUCUUGAUUCAAGAGUCAGAGCCAGUAUUUUGGAUGAACCAUUACCCAAGCCCCCUGUUCCACCUCCAACACCGUCUUCAGUGAGUACUGCACCUUCACCUGUGCGCCAAGUUGCUUUUCCAUCGUUCUCAGCAGCAUCUGCCGACAUUUUGCCUUUAGCUGUCGGUGGAAGCACAUUUCAACCCUUUGCCUCUCAACCUGAUAAACAAGCACGCUAUGAGAAAUUUCUGGAGUUUUCUCGGUCUGCUCAAAAAGAUUUGCUCAGCUCUAUUCAGCCUCCAUCAAUGACAGAGUGGGACAAAGAUCAUGAGAGAAGUGAAUUUGAGCAAGCUGCAAGACUUUAUAAGCCAUUGAGUGGUAUUAUGGGUGAUAGAUUCGUUUCUGCAACUCAGCCAGAUGAUUCCUUAAACCCUCUUGCCUCUGUUGAAAAAAUGAAACAUGGAAAUGAAGAAAUGAGGAAUGCUGCCAAAAUGAAACUAUUUGGGAAAUUAACAAGGAUAAAAAGCUGUUGGCAACCGUGUGCAUUAUUAUGCAAAAGAUUCAACGUCCCUCAGCCAACUGGCAUCCCUGAUGUACUAGAGUCAAACAAACGCCCCACAAAUUAUUCUGUGUUUGACUUUCUUGAAGCUAGCUCUCACAACACCAUUUCAGCACCCCCUGAACAUGUGAUACAAGAAAAGAUACAAGCAAGUAAUUCUUCUACAGAAGGUGAAAUCAAAGAAAAGAUUCAAGCAAGUAAUUCUGCUACGGAACUUAGAACCAAAGAAAUUACUCCGGUAAGGGUAGAAGUUAUUCAGGACCCUCCAGCACAGUUUCCUGGGGAGAAACAAGUGACAGAGGGAACAAUCGUCAAAAAGCUUCCUAGCAUUUCAGAUACUCUAGCAAGAUUACUGGCUGAUGAAACUGGCCAGAUUCAGCCAGAACCAGAGGAAAAGCCUGAUUUAUUUAAGGCAAUCUUCCUAUCCAGUAGUGAAGACUCUGCCUCAGAUUCAGAGGAUGAAAACUCUACAUCUAAAGUAGAGGGUGCUACUGGGAAAGUAGUAACUGAAGAGAUGAUUGCUCCACGCAAUCUUUCCCCACCAAGAGGAAUAUUUGCAAAUUUAGAUUUAGAUGCUUUGAACACACGAUCUGUCAAAAAGUCAGAAUCACCAAAAGGGAAAGGUGAGGACUCCCAUAAAAAUGAGGACCAACAAGAUGAAGAGCUGUUGUAUGGUCCACGAUUACCAUCAGCACCACCAAAAUUGAACAUUCCAAGCUCCUCAAACAUAGUCCCUCAGCAAAAUGAGAAUGCCUCUGCAUCUGCUGUUUGGGUAGAGCGCACUGUGAAAAUUGAAAAAGCAAGUGGUCAUUAUACCAGUGAUUCUGAUGACUCUUCAGCAUCAUCAAGUACUGAAAAAAGAAAAAGUUCUAAGAAGAAAAAACACAAAAAAGAGAAAAAAAUAAAAAAGGAGAAAAAACACAAAAAGCACAAGUCAAAAUCAAAGCAUAAGAAAAAAUCAUAAUUGUAAUUCAAUUUUUUUUUGAAAUUUUAAGUUGUUCUCUUGAAGCUUUUUAAGAAGAAAUUGAGACAUCAUUGUUUGUCAGUUAUCAGUAUCAGUGUUACCAUGUUGAAAUAGAUAUGUAGGUAUGAGGUUGACAUUUAAUUGCAGGCGUAGAAGAUUGGAGAAGGAAAUGACAAUACAUUCCUCGGCUGUA